ACCUUCUUCCCCCAGCUUCCCUUUCUGGGGGGCUCUGGCACUGCAUCCUCCUGGGUCAGGAAAAGUGAAGAGAGCCUUCUUCCUUCGUGUUCACACGGUGAUGUUACACACAGACACACGCACCCACGUACGCACGCGCGCGCGCGCUUUCGUGUUAGGUAGUGGAAACAAAAACAAGCAAGACAAAGCUGUGUUGGACUUGGUUUCUCCUAACUGGAAGUGGGGAAACCUUAGAGGCGUAGUGGUUAAGUGUUAUGGCUGCUAACCAGAAGAUCGGCAGUCUGAAUCCACCAGGUGCUCCUUGGAAACCCUAGGGGGCAGUUUUCAGUUCUAUAGCAAGUCUAUGAGUCAGAAUUGACGCGACAGCAACGGGUUUCGUUGUUUUUCUUGGUUAAUUGGAAGUGUGCCUCCCCAGCCCCUCCACAGUGCUCCCAGGGGCCCAACCGGAGGGAGAGACUGAGUGUGUGGGUGAGACCAGCAUUGGUCACCCAGAUGAAGAGCAGAAAGGGGGCUGUGGCUGGGGCCUGUGCUGGGGGCAGAGGGGAUGGGCCUUGCCCAGGCCCUCAAGUGUCUACAGAGGCCCAGUCUGCCACCCCCCAUUGACCUUUGGUUAUGUCCUGCGUGGAGUGGGGUACCUGGCAGAGUGUGAAUCCAUGGGUCAGGCCUGCCCCAUGUUUCUUCCCAUUGCCUAACUGCCCCACCUGGUAUGGGGAACCCUCAAGGCUCUGUAGGGCCUCCUGAGAAUGUGAAGAGGGGUGUGAUGAGGGAGGAGCUCAUUUGACCCAGUAGACACCCCAGUAGUCGUCACUGCGGUAGUCGUCGCCCCGGUAGUCACCCCAGUAGUAAGCAGUGCUGUCUGUGGGACUAGAAACUGGCCAAGAGGAAGCAGCCUCGGUCUGGAGCCUUUGGACCUUGGCCACCAGGGGGCAUAGGCUGGCUAUACUGGGGCUGGUGGAGGUACCUGGGCCUGUCUACUUGCUUCCAGAUCUGUAAACUGUCCCCUGGCGGGUUGCAGGAAGGAAAACCGGCCUUGCUCAAGUACCUCUGCCUGAGGCUUCAACACCAUGCACCUGGCCCCUAUGGGGCCCGGGGUGGGGGUUGCUGCCACAGAAGCUGGACACUGACUGGGGCAGAGCACUUGGGUGAGGUGCCCACGGGGACAGUUCUCAGUAACCACUGCUUGUUGGGAGCCUUUUCUUGGCCCCAAAGGAAUGCAUCUCCCACCAGGUGCACACCCCCAGGGCAGGGGCCCGGAGCCUGGUGCUGGACAGAGCUGCCUCUUCUCCCCUUUGGCAGUGGAGCGUGGCUUAGUUCUGACAGGAACAGAGCCUGUGACCCCACUAGUUCCAAAAUUCUUUAUUUAACCCAAGAUCAGGAAGGGGGAGACCAGGUGAACUCUGAAGGCUCUGGAGAAGAGCACCCCCUGACAACACAGGUGUCUGCAGCCCCAUUGGGACCUGCCCUGCUCAGAAGGGCCUCACACAAGGUGCCCUUGGGCCCUGCAACCUGUGGAGGCAGACACUGUUUUCACUCUUCUUCAGAGAAGGACCUGGAAGCAAGCCAGUUUUAAAUGUAAAUUUAGACCACAACUCUCUCAUUCUCCAAAGUUCCAUGCGACCUGCCUAGUGCCUCUCAGGGUUUCUGAGAGGAGUUUCUUGCACUUCUUUCCUGCUCUUCUCACCCUUGAGGCUUUCUCUGUUCACUAGACCCAGUCCCUGCACUGCUGGCUUCUGCCCAGAGCACCACCAGUGUCACAGAGCAGCCUCCCUGGUCACUGCACACUGUACCCACUCCAGUCUUUUCUCUUGAGUCCUCCUGGCUGCUGGCAUUGGUGCAGUCUGUUCACCUUGCCCAUUGCUUGUUGUGGGCCUGCCCCCUCAGUGCAUCAUUGUGAGGACGGGACCUAGCCACCCUGCCCACGGUCUUGCCAGGGCCUCUGGGCUGCUGAGCUUGCUGGCACUCUGUAGACCUGAGCAGAAGGGACAACUCAUGUGUCUUUUGAGUGGGUGGGGCCAGGUGGCAGAUGUGGAGCCCACCCCAGGGCACAGUGGAGGGUGCUUACUGGGGCACUGCUGGGGACCCCCAAGUCCCUGCACUAUCUGCGCCCUUUAGCACCUUGAGGGCCCCUGUUCUCCCUGGGAGCAGCUGCCCUGAUACUCUGCACUUGGCCCCUGAGCCAGUGUCAGACCCUGUGGGGGCAGCUUCCCCCUCCUUGUUCUCAUUGUACUCACUCAUUCAGCAAAUGUGGGGUGCCAGCAUGAGCAGAGGCCUGGUACAGCAUGCGGAGCGAGUCACCAGACACACAGGACUUGAAGCCUCUCGUCACGUGUUGUGAACGUUGUUUUGGAUAAUUAGCUGUACGUAUGACUGUGGUUUUGUAUGCGCCAUAAAGUACUCAGGCAGUCCCUGCUUCUAGUAUUAGGUGAUUCUCUUUAGUUUUGGGUGCCGCAGACAGUGCAGUGAUGAGCUGCUGAGCCUGGAUCUCCACGCAUGACCACGCCAUUUCUUUAAGUCCAUCACUAAUGGAGGCCUCACUGCACACGGGGCAUGUUAGUGCAGUGUACAUCUGGACCUCACAUCCUAGCGUACUGGUGGGGAAACCAAGGCAGGUGUAAAGCGGCGUGGAGGUGGAGGGAGGCUGAGUCAGGCAUGUGGAGAAAGUGCCCGGGCACAUGCAAGCUACACCUGCCUUGAUGGCCCUUCACACCUGAGAUAGGAGGCUUUCACGUGACCAGGCGGGCAGGUGACUGCGGGAUUGUCCAAGCAGCUGCCCGUCCCAGCACUGUCGGUCAGAGCAAGAGGCAAGUGACAGGGGUGUCUGCGGGGAGGUGUUAAGCCACCCUGCAGGGACCGUGGGCAGGGCUGCAUUAGCAGCUGCAUGCCUAGUGCCUGUCUCUCUCUCAGGCAGGCCGUGUUGCUGCCUCUCCCCCAGCCCCAGCCCCAGCCCUGGUUACCUAGGCCCCCAGUACCCACUGGUCUCACUGGCCGGAUACUCUCUGCUCCUUAUACAGUCCUGGCCAGUAAGCCAGUUGCUAGGAACCCUGCUCUGCGCCUCUGCUGGAUCCACUUCUGCCUCUGUGAGUGGGGUGCUCUGCUCCUCUGCCCAGGCAAGGGUGGCAGAUGACUUGGCCACCUUGGAUCGGUACCAGGAGGGAGAUGCUACUGUGGCACAGGUGGGCUGAUCCUGUCGCCAGGUGCCCCUAUAGGGCACGCAGACACACCAUCAGUUAAUUGGGUGGCCAGGAAACGCUGCUACUGCUCCUAGGGGGGACCCCCCUCAGUUGUUUAGACCUCCUGGGCGCGUGAACUCUCCAGGUGUGUAAGCUCCACUUUAGGUGUAUAAACCUCUCAUCAGGUGUGUAUGAACCCCCUUUGGGUGUAUGUUAGUUCCCCUCAGGUGUGUGAACACCCCAUUGGAUUUGUGAACCUGCCUCAGGUGUGUGGAAACCCACCUGUAUGUGAAGCACCCUCAGGUGUGUACUCCCUCAGGUGUAUGAACCCCCCCUCAGGUAUGUAAACUUCUAUCAGGUGUGUGAACUCUCCUCAGGUGUGUGAAUCCCCCCUCCCCCGUGGGUGUGUAAAAAACUACCCUCAGGUGUAUAAACCCCGAUCAGGUGUGUGAACUCCCUUCAGGUAUGUGAGCCCCACACAGUUUUCUCUUCUCCCUGAGUCCCUGACGGCUCUUCAGACACCCGGUAGGAGGCUGAGGAGAGGCCAUAGGAAACUGGUGCAGAUGAGGGGCCUGGCUGGGGGAGUGGGCUCAAUGGUUUCUCAGUGCAAAUCCUUUUAAAGUCUCUCAUGGACAGAAGUCUCAGCUGACCUGUCUUUGCCGAGAGGCCCUGCUAUCCCAAGGGCCUGUGUCCCUCUCCUGACCGGCUUAGGUUGGGAGGUGGCUUCAGGGAGGGGAGUGGCUGAAAGUGGAGCACUGGGUGGCUGAGGGGUGGCCCGCUGGGGCCCUCCUGGGGGCAGGGCAGGGUAGUUAUUCUUAGAUGCCGCCUCGUGUCGAGUUUCAGAUUUGUUUGUGCUGGAGGAGGCACCUUGAAGGCAGGGGUGCUGGGGCCUUGGGGCCUCAAGGGCGGAUACUCAGGUUCUGCAACUGCAGGCGGGCUGGGGUCUGGAAUUGAGAGGGCACGGUGGUCCUCAGUGAGCCCUGGGCCGGGCCAGGUGGCUGUCGUCUGUAGGAGAGCCGUGCUGUUAAUACUGGGCCCUCCCCAGUGAUCCUCUUAGGCCUGUGCCCACGGCCCCUCGAACGGAGCCCCCCGCCCACUGCACCCUGGGCCCCAGAGCAGUGUCCCUCAUGGAAGGCAGUCCAGGUGGCCAGAGCUCCCGAGUGCUCUGGGGGCCGCCAGGGUACAGACAGUGCUGUGGUGCCCAGCACACACCUGCUAGCACCUGUGCCUCAAGCAUACCCCCCUCAGGAGCCCUUGGACCCGAAGCCCCUGCCUGCUCAGCACCCUCACGUUCCUCGUCCAUGAGCAGCCCCCCAGCUUACCCCGGCAUCAGGAUCUCAGGUUGCUGGGCCCUCGGCGCGGAGGGCAGCAAUGCUGAGUCCCUGGACCGGCUCCUCCCACCUGUGGGCACAGGUCACUCGCCGCGGAAGCGCACGACGAGCCAGUGCAAGUCAGAGCCGCCCCUGCUGCGAACCAGCAAGCGGACCAUCUACACGGCUGGACGGCCACCCUGGUACAACGAGCACGGCACACAGUCCAAGGAGGCCUUUGUCAUAGGCCUGGGCGGUGGCAGUGCCUCUGGAAAGACCACAGUGGCCAGGAUGAUCAUUGAGGCCCUGGACGUCCCAUGGGUGGUCCUGCUGUCCAUGGACUCCUUCUACAAGGUGCUGACCAGGCAGCAGCAGGAGCAGGCCGCCCACAACAACUUCAACUUUGACCAUCCUGAUGCUUUUGACUUUGACCUCAUCAUCUCUACCCUGAAAAAGCUGAAGCAGGGCAAGAGUGUCAAAGUGCCCAUCUACGACUUCACCACCCACAGCCGCAAGAAGGACUGGAAAAUGCUCUAUGGCGCCAACGUCAUCAUCUUCGAGGGCAUCAUGGCCUUUGCAGACAAGACGCUGCUGGAGCUCCUGGACAUGAAAAUCUUUGUAGACACUGACUCUGACAUCCGUCUGGUGCGGCGUCUACGCCGUGACAUCAGUGAGCGAGGCCGGGACAUCGAGGGCGUUAUCAAGCAGUACAACAAGUUUGUGAAGCCCGCCUUUGACCAGUACAUCCAGCCCACCAUGCGCCUGGCUGACAUCGUGGUGCCAAGGGGAAGCGGAAACACGGUGGCCAUCGACCUGAUUGUGCAGCAUGUACACAGCCAGCUGGAGGAAAGGAAGCUGCGCUGGGAUAUGGUGUGGUCCAGGGGACACAUGGGGGCAGGGAUCCCCCAGAUCAGCCACAGGGGGCACCGGCCCCACCUUGCACACCCACCUCUGACCAGGCCUGUGGCCCACAAGCCCCACGUUGGACACAAGCACAUGCCGGCUGCGCUGGCCUCUGCGCACCAGUGCCACCCCCUGCCGCAGACGCUGAGUGUUCUCAAGAGCACACCGCAGGUGCGGGGCAUGCACACCAUCAUCAGGGACAAGGAGACCAGCCGUGAUGAGUUCAUCUUCUACUCCAAGCGGCUGAUGCGGCUUCUCAUCGAGCAUGCCCUUUCCUUCCUGCCCUUCCAGGAGUGUGUGGUGCAGACCCCACAGGGCCAGGACUACUCGGGCAAGUGCUACGCAGGGAAGCAGAUCACUGGUGUGUCUAUUCUGCGUGCGGGGGAGACCAUGGAGCCAGCACUGCGGGCCGUGUGCAAAGACGUGCGCAUCGGCACAAUCCUUAUCCAGACCAACCAGCUCACUGGGGAGCCCGAGCUCCACUACCUGCGGCUGCCCAAGGACAUCAGCGAUGACCAUGUGAUCCUGAUGGACUGUACCGUGUCCACAGGCGCUGCAGCCAUGAUGGCAGUGCGUGUGCUCCUGGACCACGAGGUGCCCGAGGACAAGAUCUUCCUGCUCUCUUUGCUCAUGGCUGAGAUGGGCGUGCACUCGGUGGCUUAUGCGUUCCCUCGCGUGAAGAUCAUCACUACGGCUGUGGACAAGCGUGUCAACGACCUUUUCCGCAUCAUUCCCGGCAUAGGGAACUUUGGUGACCGUUACUUUGGGACAGACACGGUCCCUGACGGCAGCGAUGAGGAGGAAGUGGCCUCCACGAGCUAGUGGCCCAGGCUGCACCCUCCCCACGCCCGUCCCCACCCUGUCCUCAUCUUGCCCUUUGGUCUAUGUUUGCAAGAUGCACAGAUGUUAACUUAUUUUAGUAAUAAAAGUCAUCUGGGGUAUAACCUAUUUUCCUUGUCAUAUAAAGUGAAUAA